AGACAGAUAGAAAGAGGAUGAUAAGCUUGUUCAAGAUAAAGGCAUUGUUUAGGGCAGACAAUAAUUGCCGGCCUGUUUGUCGUGGAACAGGUUAAGAGUUUAUGGAGAAUAUCUUUAUCAUGAUGGUUAUAUUAACCAACUAACUGACAAAGUGAACGGGUCAAAGAAAGUGGUAAUGCAACCAUCAAAGGAUAUUUUAUAUCUCCAUUCCCCCUUUUCCGAGAUAGCGAUCGUUAAUUGUCAGUCGUCAAUCGUCAAUCGUAAUCGUAAUCGUCAAUCGCCAAUUGUCAAUAUUGGCAUAAUUGGCAUACAACUAACGAUCCAGAGAACGAGAAUCUGUCCGGUCAGUUCCCAUCAGUUCCCGUCAGUAUGUGCGAGUUUCGCGGUAUGACGUUCCCAUGCGGCUGCGUUACGUGGAAGGGCAGCGAGUACAAGUACUGCUCGAAGCGAGGCAAAGGGUGUAAGACGAAGAUCUUUAGGCAUUUUGAAUGGCAAACUUUCUGUCCAGGCUCCCGUAAGUGUCUCAAGGGGAAGACCAAGUACGAAGAGGGCGCCGUCCUUCCCAAAUGCUGCGCUCACCUUGAGAAGUCGACGCUCGGAAGUCUCUGCUUGAAAUGCAACUCCAUCCCUAACAAGGACAAUGAAUUCGACCGCCCUUGCGCGUGGCACGUGAAAUGCGUAUCUGUCAUGGUUGACGCAGACGCGGAAAACGAAUUCGAAAGGUUUGUGCGGCUCUGGCCGGUCAACUUACGAACUCGAUACCUUCGCAGGAAGCUAGAUUUGAGAGUGAGAGAUGUUGGUUGGUCUCUAUGAUCUGCUCAGGCGAGCGAAGGUUAUACAUAGGUAGGUAUUCAUACAU